CAAUAGUAUAGAAGUAAACCACGUUUGUCCGACGUUGUGCAGAUGAACGCGAAAAUGUUUUUCCUUUCAACACUUUAAAUUGAGUUCGUAAUCUCUGUUUUUGUACGAAGAAAUUCUGCUUUCGUAAGCUUCAAGACUUGUUGUGUCUUUAUUUCCGAAAGGAUUUCAGCGGUCUGGAAUUAUUUUGGUGGAACUAUUCAAAAUGGCGACCUACAUGAUGGCGCCUUCUGCUGAGAUUACAGAAGAAAAACUACAAGAAAAAGCUCGAAAAUGGCAGCAAUUGCAGUCAAAACGUUACAGUGAGAAAAGGAAGUUUGGUUUUGUGGAAGCACAGAAAGAGGACAUGCCACCAGAGCAUGUUCGGAAGAUUGUUCGUGACCAUGGUGACAUGUCAAGCAGAAAAUACCGCCAUGAUAAACGAGUGUACUUGGGAGCACUCAAAUACAUGCCACAUGCCAUCCUAAAACUUUUGGAAAAUAUGCCAAUGCCUUGGGAACAGAUACGUGAUGUGAAAGUCUUGUAUCAUGUCACUGGUGCUAUCACAUUUGUUAAUGAAAUUCCAUAUGUUGUUGAACCUAUUUACAUUGCUCAAUGGGGUACUAUGUGGAUCAUGAUGAGAGAAAAGCGUGAUAGAAGACAUUUUAAGAGGAUGCGUUUUCCUCCAUUCGAUGAUGAAGAACCUCCUUUAGAUUAUGCUGACAAUAUUUUAGAUGUAGAACCCUUAGAAGCUAUACAAAUUGAUCUUGAUCCAGAAGAAGACUCUCCUGUUUAUGAUUGGUUUUAUGAUCACAAGCCGUUGGUUGACACAAAAUUUGUGAAUGGCUCAACCUACAGAAAAUGGAAUCUGUCCUUACCAAUGCAGUCAACUCUCUAUCGACUUGGCAACCAGCUUCUUUCUGAUUUUGCCGAUGGAAACUUUUUUUACUUGUUUGACAUGAAGGCAUUCUUUACAGCCAAAGCACUGAAUGUAGCAAUACCAGGUGGCCCAAAGUUUGAGCCAUUAGUUCGUGAUGUUAGCAAGAAUGAUGAGGACUGGAACGAGUUUAAUGACAUUAACAAGAUCAUCAUUCGACAACCAGUGAGAACAGAAUAUCGCAUUGCAUUUCCAUACCUGUACAAUAGCUUGCCAUUCAAAGUUCAUCUUUUAUGGUACCACUAUCCAAUUGUUGUUUACAUCAAGACUGAAGAUCCUGAUCUUCCUGCAUUUUAUUUUGAUCCUUUGAUCAAUCCAAUAUCACACAGGCAUGCUGUCAAGAGUGCUGAACCAUUACCUGAGGAAGAUGAGAAUUUCGAAUUACCAGAAGAUUUUCAACCGUUUUUACAAGACACUCCAUUGUAUACAGACAAUACUGCCAAUGGUAUCGCCUUGUUGUGGGCACCUAGACCCUUCAAUAUGCGCGCAGGACGUACACGAAGAGCAUUGGAUAUUCCGCUGGUCAACUCAUGGUAUCAAGAACAUUGCCCCGCUAAUCAUCCUGUUAAAGUUCGUGUUUCCUAUCAAAAAUUACUCAAAUGUUUCGUGUUGAAUGCGUUAAAACAUCGACCACCUAAAGCACAAAAGAAACGCUAUUUAUUUCGAUCCUUUAAGUCGACGAAAUUCUUUCAAACGACCACGUUGGACUGGGUUGAGGCGGGCCUGCAGGUUUGUCGUCAAGGUUACAACAUGCUGAACCUUCUCAUUCAUCGUAAGAACCUCAACUAUCUUCAUUUGGACUACAACUUUAAUCUGAAACCGGUCAAAACACUCACGACAAAGGAAAGAAAGAAAUCGCGAUUUGGAAAUGCCUUUCACCUAUGUCGCGAGAUCUUAAGAUUGACAAAAUUGGUUGUUGACUCGCACGUACAGUAUCGUUUGGGAAACGUUGAUUGCUAUCAGCUUGCUGAUGGUUUACAGUACGUCUUUGCUCAUGUUGGUCAACUAACUGGAAUGUAUCGUUAUAAAUAUAAACUCAUGAGACAAAUCAGAAUGUGUAAAGACUUGAAACAUCUUAUCUAUUAUCGAUUCAACACAGGUCCGGUAGGUAAAGGUCCCGGAUGUGGGUUUUGGGCUCCAGGUUGGCGUGUCUGGUUAUUUUUUCUUCGCGGCAUUGUCCCAUUGCUCGAACGAUGGCUUGGCAAUCUUCUUGCCCGUCAAUUUGAAGGACGUCAUUCGAAGGGUGUUGCAAAGACAGUGACUAAACAACGUGUUGAGAGUCACUACGAUCUUGAGCUGCGAGCUGCGGUUAUGCAUGAUAUUCUUGACAUGAUGCCCGAAGGAAUUAAACAGAACAAGGCCAGGACAAUUUUGCAGCAUCUUAGUGAGGCUUGGAGAUGUUGGAAAGCUAAUAUACCUUGGAAGGUACCAGGUCUCCCCACACCUAUCGAAAACAUGAUUUUACGCUACGUCAAGGCGAAAGCUGAUUGGUGGACAAAUACAGCUCAUUAUAAUCGGGAGCGUAUCCGACGUGGUGCAACUGUUGAUAAAACUGUGUGCAAGAAAAACCUUGGAAGAUUAACACGUCUGUAUCUCAAAGCUGAACAAGAAAGACAACAUAACUACCUGAAGGAUGGUCCCUACAUUUCUGCUGAAGAAGCUGUUGCUAUUUACACGACCACUGUUCAUUGGUUGGAAAGUCGACGAUUCUCCCCCAUUCCUUUCCCGCCACUCUCUUAUAAACACGACACAAAGUUGCUUAUCUUAGCGCUGGAAAGGCUCAAAGAAGCAUACAGCGUUAAAAGUCGCUUGAAUCAAUCACAGCGGGAGGAAUUAGCGUUGAUUGAACAAGCGUAUGAUAAUCCUCACGAAGCAUUAAGUCGAAUUAAGCGUCAUCUUUUGACUCAAAGAGCGUUUAAAGAGAUUGGUAUCGAGUUUAUGGACCUUUACAGUCAUUUGAUCCCUGUGUACGAUGUUGAACCUCUGGAAAAGAUCACCGACGCGUAUUUGGACCAGUAUUUGUGGUACGAGGCAGACAAACGAAGGUUGUUUCCACCUUGGGUUAAACCUGCCGAUACUGAACCCCCACCAUUACUUGUUUAUAAAUGGUGUCAAGGUAUCAACAAUCUUCAAGAUGUUUGGGAGACUGGGGAAGGAGAGUGCAACGUUAUGAUGGAAGCGCAAUUUGAGAAACUUUAUGAGAAGAUUGAUUUGACUUUGCUUAACAGACUCUUGCGAUUGAUUGUCGAUCACAAUAUUGCUGAUUACAUGACUGCAAAAAAUAAUGUUGUGAUUAAUUAUAAGGACAUGAAUCACACCAAUUCUUACGGUAUAAUUCGCGGUCUUCAGUUUGCUUCAUUCAUCGUGCAAUAUUAUGGUCUUGUGUUAGAUCUACUAAUGCUUGGUCUACAGCGAGCCAGUGAGAUGGCAGGACCACCACAAAUCCCCAACGAUUUUCUGACGUUCCAAGAUGUUCAAACAGAGAUAUCCCAUCCCAUCCGCCUUUAUUCACGUUACGUCGAUCGAGUUCAUGUCUUUUUCAGGUUUUCUGCUGAAGAAGCCCGCGAUCUUAUUCAGCGUUAUCUCACGGAACAUCCCGAUCCAAAUAACGAGAACAUUGUCGGCUACAAUAACAAAAAAUGUUGGCCACGUGAUGCGCGCAUGAGGUUAAUGAAACAUGAUGUAAAUCUUGGCCGAGCUGUAUUCUGGGACAUGAAGAAUCGUCUUCCCCGAUCAGUGACCACACUGGAGUGGGAAGAUUGUUUCGUCUCCGUCUAUAGUAAAGACAAUCCAAACUUGUUGUUUGAUAUGAGUGGCUUUGAGUGUCGUAUAUUACCAAAAUGUCGCACUAGUUUUGAAGAAUUUACACAUCGCGAUGGUGUUUGGAACUUGCAAAACGAGGUAACGAAAGAACGAACAGCGCAGUGUUUUCUAAGAGUUGAUAACGAUUCUUUGCAAAAGUUCCAUAAUCGUGUUCGGCAAAUCCUUAUGGCCUCUGGUUCAACAACAUUCACAAAGAUUGUGAACAAGUGGAAUACAGCAUUGAUUGGAUUAAUGACAUACUUUCGCGAAUCCGUUGUCAACACACAGGAAUUGUUGGAUCUUUUGGUGAAAUGUGAGAAUAAGAUACAAACCCGUAUAAAGAUUGGUCUUAACUCGAAGAUGCCAAGUCGUUUUCCUCCUGUCGUAUUUUACACACCGAAAGAACUGGGAGGUCUGGGAAUGCUGUCAAUGGGUCAUGUUCUUAUUCCACAGUCAGAUUUGAGAUGGUCUCAACAGACUGAUGCUGGCAUCACUCAUUUCCGUUCUGGUAUGAGUCACGACGAAGAUCAAUUGAUUCCUAAUUUAUAUCGAUAUGUGCAGCCUUGGGAAAGUGAAUUUAUCGACUCGCAGCGUGUCUGGGCUGAAUAUGCUUUAAAACGACAAGAGGCUAAUGCCCAGAACAGACGUUUAACUCUUGAAGAUCUCGAGGAUUCGUGGGAUCGUGGUAUUCCACGCAUUAAUACAUUAUUUCAAAAAGAUCGCCACACGCUUGCCUAUGAUAAAGGAUGGCGAGUCCGCACAGACUUCAAACAAUAUCAGGUUUUGAAACAAAAUCCUUUUUGGUGGACACAUCAACGUCAUGAUGGUAAACUAUGGAACUUGAACAACUAUCGUACAGACAUGAUUCAGGCUUUAGGAGGUGUAGAGGGAAUCCUCGAGCAUACUUUAUUUAAAGGAACAUAUUUUCCCACCUGGGAAGGUUUGUUCUGGGAGAAAGCUAGUGGCUUUGAAGAAUCUAUGAAGUACAAAAAAUUGACUAACGCUCAAAGGUCUGGCUUAAAUCAGAUUCCAAAUCGACGUUUCACGCUGUGGUGGUCACCUACUAUAAAUCGAGCCAAUGUAUAUGUGGGUUUUCAAGUUCAGCUGGAUUUGACCGGCAUAUUUAUGCAUGGUAAAAUUCCGACGUUGAAAAUUUCCUUGAUCCAAAUAUUCCGAGCUCAUUUAUGGCAAAAAGUUCACGAGAGUGUUGUCAUGGAUUUAUGUCAAGUUUUUGAUCAAGAGUUAGACGCCCUUGAAAUCGAAACGGUUCAAAAGGAAACGAUUCAUCCAAGGAAAUCUUAUAAAAUGAACAGCUCAUGUGCUGAUAUUCUUUUGUUUGCUGCUUACAAAUGGAAUGUCUCUAAACCGUCUCUUUUGGCUGACUCCAGAGAUAUAAUGGACAGUACUACGACACAGAAAUAUUGGUUGGAUAUUCAGUUACGUUGGGGAGAUUACGAUUCUCACGAUAUAGAGCGAUACACCCGAGCAAAGUAUCUUGACUACACAACAGACAAUAUGAGUAUAUAUCCUUCUCCUACAGGAGUUCUUAUUGGCAUUGAUCUUGCUUACAACCUUCAUAGUGCAUUUGGUAACUGGUUUCCUGGCGUAAAACCACUUCUUCAACAAGCCAUGGCGAAGAUCAUGAAGGCCAAUCCUGCAUUGUAUGUUCUCCGGGAGCGUGUGAGAAAAGCUCUACAGUUAUACUCUAGUGAACCCACCGAACCUUAUCUAUCCUCUCAAAACUAUGGAGAACUUUUCUCCAAUCAGAUCAUCUGGUUUGUAGACGAUACAAACGUUUACAGAGUAACUAUUCACAAGACGUUUGAAGGUAACUUAACUACAAAACCUAUCAACGGUGCUAUAUUUAUUUUCAACCCACGUACUGGGCAGCUUUUCCUAAAAAUUAUCCACACUUCAGUAUGGGCUGGACAGAAACGUCUCGGUCAGUUGGCAAAAUGGAAAACAGCUGAAGAAGUUGCUGCGUUGAUUCGUUCACUACCUGUGGAAGAGCAACCGAAACAAAUCAUUGUGACAAGAAAGGGAAUGUUGGAUCCUCUUGAGGUUCAUCUGCUCGACUUUCCAAAUAUUGUUAUAAAAGGAAGUGAAUUACAAUUGCCUUUCCAGGCAUGUCUCAAGGUUGAAAAACUGGGUGAUAUGAUUCUUAAGGCAACCGAGCCUCAAAUGGUUUUGUUCAAUCUUUACGAUGAUUGGCUUAAGACGAUAUCUUCUUAUACAGCAUUCUCUCGGUUGAUUCUCAUUCUUCGUGCUCUUCAUGUGAACCCAGACAGGACGAAAGUCAUAUUGAAACCUGACAAAACCACGAUUACGGAACCACAUCAUAUUUGGUCAACAUUGACUGAUGAAGAUUGGGUCUCCGUUGAGGUUGCCUUGAAAGAUUUGAUCCUUGCUGAUUACGGAAAGAAAAAUAACGUAAAUGUAGCUUCCCUGACGCAAUCUGAGAUCCGUGAUAUCAUUCUUGGAAUGGAGAUUUCUGCACCUUCACAACAACGCCAACAGAUUGCGGAAAUUGAGAAACAGACAAAGGAACAAUCUCAGCUUACUGCGACGACAACGCGUACCACUAAUAUACAUGGUGAUGAGAUUAUUGUGUCAACAACAAGUAACUACGAAACACAGACGUUUGCCUCAAAAACUGAAUGGAGGGUUCGUGCAAUCUCUGCAACUAACUUGCAUCUAAGGACAAAUCAUAUUUAUGUAUCUUCUGAUGACAUCAAAGAAACAGGCUUCACUUAUAUCUUACCAAAGAAUGUUUUGAAGAAGUUUAUUGUUAUUGCUGACUUAAGAACUCAGAUAUCUGGAUAUAUGUACGGAGUGAGUCCUCCAGACAAUCCUCAAGUUAAAGAGAUCAGGUGUAUUGUGAUGGUUCCACAAUGGGGUACACAUCAGACUGUCCAUCUUCCAAACAUGCUCCCCCAACACGACUACCUUAAGGAUAUGGAGCCACUUGGAUGGAUUCACACACAACCAAAUGAAUUACCUCAAUUAUCACCGCAAGAUGUUACGACACAUGCUAAAAUCAUGGCAGAUAAUCCUUCGUGGGAUGGAGAAAAGACUGUUAUCAUAACCUGCAGUUUCACUCCAGGCUCUUGUUCACUUACUGCAUACAAACUAACACCGUCAGGCUACGAGUGGGGACGAAACAACAAAGAUACGGGAAAUAAUCCUCGGGGUUAUUUACCUUCGCAUUACGAGAAAGUUCAAAUGCUCCUGUCUGAUCGCUUUCUUGGAUUUUUCAUGGUGCCUGCGCAGGGAUCGUGGAAUUUCAACUUCAUGGGUGUACGUCAUUCACCAAGCAUGAGAUAUGAGCUGAUGUUAUCUAAUCCCAAAGAGUUUUAUCAUGAAGUCCACAGACCGUCACACUUUCUCAACUUCAGUACUUUAGAAGAGUCAGAUAUUGUUGGAACUGACAGAGAAGAUGCAUUCAGUUGAUUUCAUACAAAAGCGAAAUCUCUUUCUCCUACCUUUGAAUAUCGUAGACAAGUUGGAGUUUUUACCUUCUCAAACUUCCAUAUCUUAUAUAGUGAUGCUUUUAGAUAAAAUUUAAUGUUUAGAAAAUUUUUAUAUGUGUUUGUCAUAAUGUUCAGAUUAUCCAGAAUAAAGCUACCUCAUUCAUUUUGGCUCACUCGAUAUCCUGAAAUGCCUAUUGCAAUUAUUGUUUCAUGUAUAUUUGUUUUGCUUUGUUUAUGGAAUAAAUACGUUUAAAAUUUG